UCGUCUCGCUCUCGCGUCCCCUCUCGACCCUUCCAUUAGCACCAUCGAAAUUCUUUCUCCGGCUACGCUCUCGCACACCAUGGCUCUGGCUCGCCUCCUCGCCGCGCGAACCCUAACCCUGCCCCGCGCCGCGGCCGGGCUCUCCUCCGCCCUCCGCCACCGCACCUCCCGUGCGCUGUCGGCCAAGGUGGAGUUCGUCGAGAUAGACCUCUCCGAGGAAUCCCCGUCCUCUUCAUCGGGAGGGGGAGGCGCGGGCGACUCCGCCAAGGUGCAGGCGCAGAUGGGGAUGCGGCGCCUGGAGGACGCCAUCCACGGGGUGCUCGUGCGGCGGGCGGCGCCCGACUGGCUCCCCUUCGUGCCGGGGGCAUCCUACUGGGUGCCGCCGAUGCCGCGGCCGCUCGGGGUGGCCGACCUCCUCGGCGCGGCCGUUCACACCGCGAGGGGUGCCACGGCGAUGACGGCGGAGGAAGCGAUGAGCUUCACCACAGUGCGGGGGUGGCCGUCCGCGGCUUACUUUGUCGAAGGAAAAUUUUCACAUCCUGUGAAGAGACCAAGGAAUGAUGCGACGCAAACUGAUGAUGAGGAAAGCUAAUCCAUCUAUGCUACUUUACCAGUGUACCCAGGGCUCCCAAGAGGUGGCAGCUCGGAGCUGUGAAACACCACUGAUGGUUGUACAUAUAGAAGCUAGGGAGCCCAGAAACAACGAAUCUUCCUCUUCCAUCUCUUCGCUGGAAUAUGAUGCUUGCGCACUGCCGGCCAAAUGCCACGAAUGUAAUCCUUUGUAUUUCGCAGAACCUGGUGCACUAGCACCUGGACAUGGGGGGUGUAUAAUGUAAGAUUCCCAGUAGCUGCGAUGCUUGAUGUAAUAGUCCUAGUACCAUGUUUUUCCUUUUGAAUAAAAACAUGCUCUGGGCUUUAACAGUUGUGGCACAUGACAGCCCUCGAUGUGUAACGUCCAUUUGUUCCUUGAGUGUUACUCCAAGUUCCUACUGAGACGGCAGCUUUGGCCGUUGAUCUCAAGUGUUUCUGGUC